GCUUUGGUUCACAAGUUUGACAUUUAAAGAGGGAAAACUAAAAGGAAUGUAUGAUUCUCAGUCAGUCCUUUGUAAUAAAAGUCCUUUAAAAGGCCACCACCAGCCAGCGCCGCUCUAAGCCCGUACACAGAGUCGUACCGAGUUCCUGUCCCUUUAAACCUCCGCUGACGCCACUCGUAUGUAUCCAGAGGGGAAGUCCCUGUUCAGGGAAUCUCCCGCCAGCUGCAGUGCCGGAUCCAGCUACUCUGGAGGAGCACGUGGAGCAGCAGUAGCCCCAGCAGCAGCAGUAGCCCCAGCAGCAGCAGCAGAAUGGAAGAAGGCCAAGUGAUUUUGAAUGACUACAGUUCGUCCAAACCUCAGGAGGUAGAAAAUAUGGACAGUGGAGAAGAGAACAAAGACCAGGUCCCACCAGUUGAAGAUGAGGACAUGGGAGAUGAUUCAAUGAAAGUGAAAGAUGAAUACAGUGAAAGGGAUGAGAAUACUUUAAAGCCAGACCCCAUGGAAAAUGCAGAAGAUCCUGAAAUACCUUACAGCUAUCCAAGAGAAUAUAAUGAAUAUGAAAGCAUUAAGUUGGAAAGACACGCUGUCUCUUAUGACAGCAGCAGGCCAACUAGUGGAAAAAUGAACUGUGAUGUAUGUGGAUUAGCCUGCAUUAGCUUCAAUGUCUUGAUGGUUCAUAAGCGAAGCCAUACUGGUGAACGCCCAUUCCAGUGUAAUCAGUGUGGGGCAUCUUUUACUCAGAAAGGUAACCUCCUCCGCCACAUUAAACUUCACACAGGGGAAAAACCUUUUAAGUGUCAUCUCUGCAACUACGCAUGCCAGAGAAGAGAUGCUCUCACAGGUCACCUUAGGACACAUUCUGUUGAGAAGCCCUACAAGUGUGAGUUUUGCGGAAGGAGUUACAAGCAGAGAAGCUCCCUUGAGGAGCAUAAGGAGCGCUGUCGCACUUUCCUGCAGAACACCGGCAUGGGUGACACUGCCAGCGUGGAGGCAAGACAUCUCAAAGCAGAGAUGGGAACGGAAAGAGCUCUUGUGCUGGACAGAUUAGCAACCAACGUGGCCAAACGAAAAAGCUCGAUGCCCCAGAAAUUUAUUGGUGAGAAGCGUCACUGCUUUGAGGUCAAUUAUAAUUCCAGCUACAUGUAUGAGAAGGAGAGCGAGAUGAUACAGAGUCGGAUGAUGGAUCAGGCCAUUAACAACGCCAUCACCUACCUUGGAGCGGAGGCCCUGCGCCCUUUGGUGCAGACCCCUCCUGCCCCGACCUCCGAGAUGGUCCCAGUUAUCAGCAGCAUGUACCCCAUUGCACUUACCCGCACAGAGCUACCAAAUGGGGGCCCUCAGGACCUAGAGAAGAAGAGCGCCCACCUGUCAGACAAGUGCCUGCCCUCCGAAAGAGGCCUCUCCCCCAACAACAGCGGCCACGACUCCACAGACACCGACAGCAAUCAUGAAGAACGCCAGAAUCAUGCCUACCAACAGAACCACCUGAUCCCUCCCCGGGCCCGGAACGGGAUGCCAACCCUGAAGGAGCUGCCCCACUCCUAUGAACUCCUCAAACCCCCGUCCAUCUGCCCUCGAGAUACCAUCAAAGUGAUCAACAAAGACGGGGAGGUGAUGGGUGUGUACAGGUGUGACCAUUGUCGAGUGCUCUUCCUGGAUUAUGUGAUGUUCACCAUUCACAUGGGCUGUCACGGGUUUCGUGACCCUUUCGAGUGUAACAUGUGUGGGUACCGGAGCCACGACAGGUACGAAUUCUCCUCUCACAUCGCUAGAGGAGAACACAGAGUCAUGUUAAAGUAAAUCGUUCGAUCCUCUCCACAGAUUUCAGUAUCGGGGAGCAUCAUUUAGAAAACAGCGAACAACCCAUGCCGUGGCUUGGCCAAAGCUUUACAGUCUCAGGUGAUUUCCCAUAUCAGUUCUCAUAUGAAAAGGGUUCAAGUAUUGUGCCUUCAUUAGCCUCUUAAAGGAUUCUGCCCUUUUUCAAUAACUCUUGCAGACUCACUGUAUUAUUUUUGAGAGAUGAGUUUUUAUAGCUUUUUUUCCCCCUCAGGGACUUUAUAUUAUAGGAAUAAAAACUGGAAAAAACCUUUUGUAAUCAUCUUCUACAACUGCACAACCCGAAUCGAUGUACAUUUGUUGCCCAUCCAAACCGCCCUCUGAUUGCGUUCUGUGAACGAGCGCUUCUUGGAGUUGACAUCCAUUGGCCAUGACCAGAAAAUGGACCUUGGACUGCAUUGAUCUUUGGGGGUGGGGGGGUGUCUCCAGUCGUGUAAAUAAUAGGGAAGAACAGUGAUGUGAUAGAAAUCUGAUCUAACAUUGGUAGACCCCAAGCAGCAGCGCCCUCUGAAACAGGUGUAGGUUUAUCUUAUUCUCCCUAAUGUCUUUCCUCCCCAUUUUGCUAAGAAUUAUUUUGGGUUAAGCAAACUACUAUGGAAGGAAUUCUAUAUAAGAAGAGUCAUCUUUUAGAAACAAAGUCAUAUGGCCAUUAAAACAAAGCAAAUUGUCCGUUAUGGAGCUCAACAUCAAUUUCCUUUUCCCAGAGAUGGGAAGAGGUAAUGUCUAAGAGGGAGGAAAAAAGUGGUUCCAGAGUUUAAACAGGAAAAACGACCUCCGUGUUCAGUCAGCAAGCAUUUGUGAGAUGCCAGGUACUGUGUUCUUCUGACCCUUCAUAGUUAAUGCUGCAAUCAAGACAGACUUGCCAACUAAUCUUUACCAGAAAAUAUUAUAAAACAAAAAACUGUUUAUUCAUAUAUUGCUUCCUUCACCUCCAAGGAAGGUUGGGUACUUCUUGGGAGGUCAUAGGGAUAAAUGCAAGGAGGGUUUUUCAGCCAUUUCAGAAGUUGCCCAUCAAGAAGGUGACCCUUCUAGUGCUCUGAUAUCUUUGACCAAAUGACAGGUUUGCAUUUUUAUAGAGCUGAUCUACUAAAUUCAACAAAUAUUUAUUAAGCAAAGCCUUGACACAGAGGCUUUGGGAGUACAAGAGAUGGCCCAUAAGACUUUCAUUCAUAUCUUAGAGUAAAUACUUUCAAGUCUGGUCUUCAUCAAAGGUGGUUGAUUGAUGGAGAGGGAUUUGAUAACCCUUCAUAUGAAAGAAAGCUCUCAUGGCACAGAGAAAAGAGUCUGGGACUUAGGAAGACUGGAUCUGGCCCCAGCGCUGCACUACCUAUAUUUUUUGCAAGUCAUUGUACUUCCCUGGGGCUUUAGUUUCCUCUUCUGUAAAAUAGAACGUCUGAUUAGACAACCUCUAAAAUUCCUUUUUGUCCUGAUAGUCUGAUUUUGGAAGGACCACAGAUCCUCUUGAAGCCUUCUAAUCCAUAAGAAUUAAAUGGGUAAAAGUUUUUCUAUAUGUAAUUAAUGUAUAUGUAUUGCACAUUUAUUUGAGGAGGAAGAGAAGGUAUUUCAGUUUUUCCUUAAACAUCCUCAGGCCAUAAGGGAGAUUUCAGAAAUUCUUCUGAAUAUUUAGGGGCUUAGAGAAGAGAAAGAGUUUGGAGGUGAAUGUUAGGAAAAGAGAAGCUUAUCGCCUUAAGGAGAGAGAUGACUCUUAUAUCUCAAAAUGCAACAGCAAGACUUGUUCCACCAACCACAGGAAUGUUUUAUAACUUUCAUUCAUUUGCCUUGUUCUUGCCUGGUUGAUUGAUUGCCUUAAUGGUUCCCAUUUACUAGAAAUACAUUCUUCUAGGGAAAGAGGGCAUUAAGUCAUACAGAGUGGAGUUCCUAUACUAGACUUCCAAGUGUGGCACAAAAUAUAUCCAAGUUAGAUAAUACUUUGCAUGUGAAAAUUAAUCACUUCCGGUCUCAUAAUCUAAUUCCAUUGGAACCCCUCAAACAAACUAAUGUUUCUGAACCCAGCCUGGUAUACAUGUUGUGUCAAUACUGUCCUUGUUGGAAAAAAAGACUUGAGAAGAUGAAAGGAAGUUUUGUUUCAGAACUAUAACCUAGUAGCUUCGUUGAGAUGGGAAUUUUUGCAGUACCUACAAACAGAUAUUCUAUUAGCAGUUACUUUGCAAUCCCAGGACCUAGAGAGAUGGGGAAGAGACAGUUUUCUUCUUCUCCUUUCCCACCAACUCUCCAGCUAGGCAAAGAUUCUACCUCCCACUCAGGAAGCCAUAGUAAGAUAAACAAUCGGCCCCAGAAAAAUUCACUUGUAGUUAGGGAGACAGGUGUGGCCUGGGUGUGGGAAGGCAAGAGAAUAACUGUUAUGAAAGGGUCACUGAAUGCCAAUUUCUUUUAUAUAUAGAUACAACCUAUUUAGUAUUGAGUAAAACUAUUUUCUUCCCUCUUCCUCCAUUUUAAAAAGCCCUCCCCACAUUCCUAGUCAUACUCUUCAAAAAGCUAACUAACUUGAGAUCUCUCUUACCAUUCUCAAUUCUUGCUUAACUUGGCACCUAACUUUGCCACUGACACAUUUUCUUACUACUAAAAUGUAGUAGAGAGGCACAAACCACUUUGAUUUGAAGAUGACUUCUAAUAAAUAGACUUUCCAAUAGCAAGUGAGCCCUUUAGUGCCAACUAUAUUUAUGGCUUAGGUAAGUGACAGGGAUCUAAAAAAAAUCUAAUUACAAUAUUUUACCUUUGUAUGAAAUUCCAAAAUGCUAUGGGCAAAUAUUUCCAUCACCACCACCAAGAUAAAAAAAAUCUCAUUCCCCUCCCCACCCUGUGUUUCCCCUUUUCCUACUUUUUGGCUAAAUAUAAGAGUUUAGAUAUUGAAAGGGAAUGCACAUUACUGAGAGAUCCUAUGGCAGGUUGGGAGAGUGGAAUAAGGAUAAUAAUAUUAAAGUUUGAUAUGACCUCUCCAAGAUGGAGUGAGCUCAGAUUGGGACCUGGGGCCUCCAGAUUGGCGAAACAACGUGGACCUCUUGGAAUUUAAAGAGGAUAGAUGAAAAUGGAGUGAAAACUAGGAUGAUGUGAUUUUUAAGGGGCUUCACUUCAUCUAGAGUUAGGGAUGGAAGAUUAGUGAGAAAUUCUGAUAACUGUGAAAGGUUUAGAAAGAGACUGUAUUCUUAGGAAAGAGGGGAAAAGAUAGUGAAGGAAGUUGAUAUGGGCAGAGAUCAGAUUCAAAUUGAAUUAGGGAGUGAAGAGGAAUAAUUUCAAUCUAUUCUCGGCUACAAAGGGACAAUACUAGUUAUAUAAAUAGUUGCAAGGAAUAAAAGAUGACUCCAAAAUAAAAGGAGCUGAGAAAAGAGUCCUAAUGAUUUAGAGAACCUGGAGGAAAUGUAUUAAUGCUUGUGUUGCUGCAUUGAGGAACAAGAUCCCUGUCACUUACCUAAGCCAUGAAUAUAGUUGGUACUAAAGGGCUCACUUGCUGUUGGAAAGUUAUUUUCUUUAUGUUAGGAACUAGCUAGCUACCUGUUCCCACCCAGGCCAUUAUAAUAUGGAGAAGGCCCAUAUUUGGUUGGAGAAACCAAAAUGGGUCAGUCCCAAAGGCAUUAAGGAGGGAGGAAAAUUCCCCAUUAUUUUCUUAGACUAUAAUAGCCCAAACUUAUUCAUUUAAAGCAGUGGCAAGGAAGUCAUCUAUUUUGGUAGCUUCCAUGGAAAUCCAUUCCUCAUGGAAGAGAGAGAAUCAGGACUCCCAGAAGGAUACCGAGUCCUUAAGGUUACUUCUUCCAGGUGUCCACACCCAGUGGGUCCAGGCCCCAAGGCCCAAAAUGAAAUGAGUUACAUUUUUAAAGGUUUGGUUUUUAUUCUCUUUAAAUAACUUGGUCUUGUGAUCUAUUGUGGCCAGGUGAAUCUUGGUGGGUUGAAAGGAGAAUGCUAAUUAUGAGAGAAAUCAGAGAGGGAAGUAUGUGCAUAGACCUACCUCAGGGGAUAUUGUGAGGGGUCACAGACUUCCAUGUCCACAAUGAGCUCUAGUUCUGGACAAAAGUUCACUCACGAAGGUUGUGGAUUUCAGAGAUAUAAUUGUGAGCCCCACCCAGGAUCCUGAACUUGAACUCGUUGCAAGGAAGGCAAUUUCUCAGGACUAAAUAUUGACACUGGUUCAUUUCUUAGUUUUAUUUGCUUUAUUUGUCAAACUUUGCAAGCCAGGUGAUUUUUUUUUUUAAUUCUAAGAAGGGAAAUCAUGUUACUUCAUUAGCAUUAAGUACCCAGACCCUUGACUUGAUGUAGGCUGGGAAACAGUGUGCAGUUCUUAAUAAGCUUCUAGCCAGUCCCAUCCAACAACUUAAGGUUUUUUCUCAUUCCCUUCCCCAGAACCACCCUCUCCUACCAUCUUUACUCUAGAAUGCCUGCCCAGGAGCCGGAGAAGGCUCCGGUAACGCUCCUCACUCCCAGCCCCAUCCUCCUCUCCUUUGGAUCCUUCCCACCUUCUAUACAUGGGUGAAUGUUACUCUUGACUUUUUCAAAGUGGAUCAGCUUCGUGCCCCACCAGUGGAGAUGGUAUACUCACUAGUUCCUCUGUUUUCCCAGAUGGGCAAUAUAGAACUUGAGUCUCCCACAAACACAGCAGAAGCCCUUUUUUUUUGGUUGGUUGGUUGGUUUUUUGUUUAAAACAGCCAGCCUCAUUUCCAUUUCAUCUCUGUAAAGAUUCUCACAGGGUUUCAACUGAGUAGAGUAACAGACAUACAAGGCAACCCUCCCCACACAAACACACACACACACUUUUUUUUUUUUUUGGAAACUUGUCCUUGCUCUGGCUAUGUGUAUGGAAACUAAAUCAUAAUGGGUUACAAGUGGUUAGUGGGUCACUUAAAGAGCAGACACCUCUUCAGCCGGACAAGUGGCUUUGAGUGCUCAAAUUCUCAGACUCUGAGCGGGGCGUGAGGGAUCAUUUUGGCAACUGGAAAAACCAAAUCUUUUAUUUUUAACUUCUGGUUUCCAAAGCCACAGGUGUGGUCUGUGGAUGGCCCUGCUCCCCUGAGUGACUAGGGUAACACUGAGAAAGAAACUGAGGUCCCAGCCUCAGACUGCCUUCCCACACAUCCGUGAGUAAAUGGCCCCCUAGGCAGGAGCGAAGGUGAGGGAAACGACUGUCUCACUGGGUUGCUUUUUGCACUUGGGUGCCUUGGGCUCCCUUGUUAAGAAGCCGUUCUUCUAUAACUGAGGCCAUCUUGACGUGUGGCUCUCCAAAACACUCCCAUUCCCUAGCAAGCAUUGGGGUCAUCCAGACCCCACUUCUAGUGAUAUCCUGUCCUUUGUGUGAUUCUGAUUGUCCAGCAACUAGAAGCACUUCCAUUUGUCACAGUAAGAUGAGCAGAUCUUCUAAGGACCGAAAAUGUCUAUAAUGUAGCGGUGCCAACCAUUGCCCAAAUUGCAGUAUGCCCUUUUGCCAAAAACAACAUUGUUCAAGUGUUUAAAGUUUCUUUGUAAGUUUUUUUAAACAGGGAAAAAUAAAAAUAAAUGUGUGUUUGAAACUA